CCCGUCACCAGUACAGCUAGAGCACGCUCCUGCUCCCAGUCAUGCAGGUCCUCCGGCUGCUGGCGGCGCGGCGCGCCGUGUCGACCAUCACCGCUGCGGCACCGCCGCCGUUCUCCGAGGUUCCGGACAGUGAGGCGGAGGACGAGGGCCCUUUCUUCGACCUCGACUUCUCCUCCGUCCGGGCCUCCUCCAGCUCCGCCAGCGCGUCGGGGUCCGAGUCCGAUGACGCGUGCACGGUGCUCGCCUUCAUCAUCUCCCUGCAGCGGAGCCGCUCCGCCUCGCCGUCCUACGAGAGCAUCUUCUUCGGCGGGCCCGCGCCGCCGCAGCUCAAGUUCUGCGCGUCCGAGCCCAAGGCCAGCCUACUGUUGCAGUACGGCUGCAAGCGCGGCAGCAAUCUGCGGACGCUGAGCUUCGGGGCCAAGAAAGCCGCGUUCUACGGCGGCCGCACCAGCUUCGCCAGGAGCUCCAGCAGCGCGCGCUCUUUGAGGCUGUUCAUGGAGUCGCCGGCGGACGAGGAGGAAGUCACGGAGCCCAGGCGAGCGCCGUCGGGGGACGUCAUCAGGAGGUGCCUGACCAAGAUCUCGAGGCGGUUCCGGAGUGUGCGCCCCCGCGCCGCCGGCGAGGCAAGAGGGCUCUGUCUCCUGCGCAAGAGCCGGUCGGCUCCCGCGGCCGUGACGGUGACGGCGUCUGGAUCGCUGCCGCCGUCCCGUCGCGACGACUCGCUUAUAGAGAAACAGGACGGCAUCGCCAGCGCCAUCGAGCACUGCAAGGAGUCGCUCCACCGAGCUUCCAUGUCAGAGUGCGACUCGUCGCUGUUACGGUCACGGAGAGAUCCUGGAAAAUGUGAAGCCGCAUAGCUUGAAGUUGACUGAAGGUCACCAUCUCCGUUCAGAUACUCGUACUCCCGACGGAAAUGGAGGUCGAACUUGCAAGCCUCUCGCCAAAAUUUAGCGAAGAAGAAGAACACAAAUUAUUAGGUGUCAAGAACAUGCGGCGGUCAUGUUAGCUGGAGAGAUCUUUCAUCUCUCUUUGUUUGUUUCACGUCCUAUGAUUUAGUUUAAGGCUUUUCUUUUGUUGGAACCGUGGGAAAAGAGACUUGUAAGUACGUCAUUUUGAAAUUUGAACU